AUAAAAAAGUGGGUUAGAAAUAAUAGAUCUAGAGAUUUAGCAAAGAAAAAUUUUAAUAUUUGCUGUAAUAGUUUCUAUGAUUUUUCUGGAUUCUUAACUCCUAGAUCUAGACUCUAUAUGUAUAAAAUAUUAAUGUAUAAGUUGCCAUAAUGUGGGCAAAUCCAUUUGGUACAACAUGGUCUAUGCAACAAUCAGAUUAUCAAAAUGUUCCCCAUGAACAAGUUGAUUGGGCUGCCUUAGCCAAACAAUGGAUAACGCAGAGAGAGACUGUUGGUCCUCCGCAUCCCAUGAUGCUAAUGAGCGCCUCAGAAGUUAUUAUGCCUCCAGCUGAGCUGCCUGUGGUUGCACCUCCACCCCCACCACCCCCUCCACCACCAGCAGAAGAGGAAAAAAUUACUCAGGUGACUAAGCCCAAAGUAGAAGAUGAAGAUGAGAACAGCAUGGAGAUUGCUUCAGAUGGUGAAGAUAACUCUUCCUCAUCAGCAACUAUGGCAAGUUCAUCUGCACCAGAAGUCGUCCCCCAGCCUUUCCCAACCCAGCCUGGAUGGGUUCAGCCACAGCAGCAGCCUUGGUGGCCUCCUGGUCCUAGUGGGGAUGUCUGGAUGGGAAAUACAAUCGUAGCUAAUAAGGAGGAUUAUGCUGGAGAGAUGCCCAGCUUUCCAGUUGACAGUCAGAUGUAUUUUAAUCAGGUAAUGUCUGCAGGACUUCCUCAUUUUCUCCCAGGUGUUGUCAUGGGACAGGAUGCGCCUGCUAAAGAUGGAUCCUACAAUCCCUACUGGGACGACGCUGUUGGUGCAGAUAGUGAUUCCUCUCAGCCAGCACUACUCCCUGACCCACCCCUUAGGACGUCACACCAGCGACACCACACCCAUCACCACCACACACAGCAUGCCAACCACAGGCCUGGAAGGCACAACCACAUGAUGGCAGACGCUGUUCUAGAUGAAGAAGAUGGCAGCAUAGAUGCAGCUAAAAGACGAGCCCUACCUGCUUGGAUUAGAGAAGGAUUAGAAAAAAUGGAGAGAGAGAAACAAAAGUUAAUGGAAAAGGAGCAAACUAAGCAACAAAGAGAUGCAGUCUUGAGAGAGCAACAGGAUGCUGACUCUGCUAAGAGAGAUGUGGCUGAUGAUGCCAACCCAAUGAAAAGCAAAUUUGAUACUGAUGAAGAAGAAGAUGAUGAUAAUGAAAAAGAAAAGGUUGAGGCUAGCGGAGAUGAAAAUGAUGAUGAUGAUAAGAAAGAGACUCCUGCUGGUGUGAAGCAUGUAUUGUCCAGUGAACGGGAGCCUGUAAAGUCGCCAUCAGCAGAGAAACGUAGUCCUUCUCCUAGUGCUUUUAUGACUGAAGAAGAGAAGGAGGCUGCAUUAAUGAUGAAAGUGAAGAGAAUGCUAACAGAAACGUUACUGGAGGUCACCAAUUCGGAGAUACGAGCUGUUGCUCUGGAAGUGAUUCAAAGAGCUCGUAAAAAAGCAAUGAAAGCUCCAGCAAAGCAACUUGCCAAGUCCUCGGCUUUGGCUUCUUUGACCUCCUUGGCAGUGGGAUAUGGGACAGGAAGUGACACCAGUGGCACAGAGGACUCAGAUGAUGAUGGAGAUGAUUCUGACUCUGAUUUGAAAGAAAGAAUCCGGCGUAAGAAAGAAGACUUCGCUAAGAGACAUCGUCACUUAAGUGACAAUGAAGAAGAUACUGUUGGUAAGCAGCAGACACCUGAAAAAUCAAAGUCGAGAUCUAAACAGGACGAAGGGUCUGGGAAAUCAUCCAGAAAUAGGGACGAGGAACGAAAUAGGCGACAUAGCGAUGCUAAAUUAGAUUCAAAGAAUGUUAAGACAGAACGACAAAGCAGUAGUGACUCUAAAGCAGACAGGCUUAGACGACGAGACUCUGGGGAGGAUGGAAACAAAUCUCUAGAUCACAGAAAAAAAAGUAGUGAGAGGGUAGAUGAAGACCAAGAGGAGUUAGACAAGAAGAGGGCAUCUGAGAAAUCUACAAUUAAACAAGAUGAAAGUCGUGAUCAAAGAAGAAUUUCUGGUGACUUAAAAAAAGAUAGUAAGGUCCACAAAGACGAGAAAAAUAGAGACAGUAAAAGUACGAAAAUAAAAAAUGAGAAGGCAUCUAGGGAUAACGCGAAAGUAUCUAGGGAUAAUGAAAAGGUUUCUAGGGAUAAAAAAGUUAAAAGUUUAGUGAAAGUUAAAAGGAAGAGUAAGUCAAGUAGUGAGGUUUCCUCAUCCUCUAGUUCUGGUUCUUCUAGCAGUAGUAGUGAGUCCAGCGGGAGUGAUGAUGACGACGAAAAUGGUGAUAGUAGUGUUUCUUCUUCAUCCUCAUCAUCGUCGUCAUCAUCUUCAUCAGAGGAUGAGGCACCUGCCAAAAAAUCUGUUAGGGCUAAAAGCAAUAAGAGUUCUGAAAAAUAUGACAGUAAAUUACCAGAACCAGACAAAAGUAAAAAAGUUAGUCCUGAUAAGGUUAGGUCCGAGACAGGAAAGGCAAAAGAUAUUAAGCAAAGGAGGGAUUCACAAAGUGUAGAAAAAUUAAAACCUAACAAAACUGUUGAUAAUGAAAAACGUAGAUCUUUUGAAAAGGACAGUGAAUUUUCCAAAAGUAAAGAGUUCAAAGAUUCUAGUCGAGAGAAAUUAAAAGAUAAAAGUAGAAGCUUAGAAAGUGCUGAAAGUAACGUACACAAAGAAAUGAGGAGAGAAAGAAGUGUAGAUAGAGCUAAGAGAGGAAAUCGCAGUCGUAGCAGAGAUAGAAGAAGCAGAAGUCGUAGUAGGGACAGGAGUAGAAGUCGAAGUAAAGAGAAAAGCUCCAGAAGGGAUAGGAGAAGUAUAAGUAGAGAUAGAAGUAGGAGAAGUACUAGCCGAGGCAAAGAUAGGCGAAGCAUCUCCAGGGAUAGAGAUGUUCGCAGUAGAGUAGAUGAUAGAUCUAGGGACUCUGUAGAGGAUGACAGGUAUAGGGAUCGACUUGACGAGAGGGACAGGCGUAGAGAUAGGUCUAGGAAAAAUAGUUCAAGUAGGGACAUUAGAGACUCUAAGACUAAGAAAAGUAGAAGCAGGGAAAGAGAUAGAUCCUCGCGCCAUGCUGAUGAAAUCUCAAGUGCUCACAUGUCUUCCAAAUCUAGCAAGAAAAGGAAGCCGUCCAUGUCCUCCUCAGAUAGCGAUGUCAGCAGCGGCAGGGUCAGAAAGUCUUCCCCUCCACGGGAAAAGAAGCACAAGUCAAAGGGUACCAAGGAUGAGUAUGAAAAGGGGGUAGAAAAGGAGUAUGGGAGUGAGAGAAGGAAUCGUGGUAAGACAUCGAAGAGAAAACGCAGUAGAUCUCGAUCAAGGUAUGCUAAAACAUUUUGUGAAUAAUCAGAUUACAACCCACUUGUUCUAACCUUACACUUUGAAACCCACCCAGCUAUACUUUUUAACAGUUAUCCAGACCUGAUAGGACUGUGGUGAAAAAGGGAUAAUGCUCCAUGAUUACCCUAUUUUCUGUUGUCUCAAUAUUCUUUCAAGUUGUUGGAAGAACUUGUCUUAUCUUAUUACUUUCAGGAUGACAUUAAAACUGUCACAUUCUGUAUAGAAUGUAGUUUAACAAAGUGAAAGCUUUAUCUCAGUGUCUUGUAGGGAUGUUAAAGCUAUGGCUUUCUCUUAUCUAAAGGUGGUAAAGUCUUUUUUAACUUCUGCUUAUCAGGAAAAGUAUGAAUCAUAUUUGAAGCCUAGGUGUUUUUUUACUUCUACAAACUUUGUGAAAUUGUAUGAGUUGAUAUGUUAUUUUGUUUUGUUUCAGAUCUUGAUGUGAAGGAAGGAGUUGGUGCAACUUUUGUAUAGACCCAAACUGUGAGCUGAUGCUUGUUGUAAAUAGACUUUGUCGCAUGUUCCUAUGUUUAUAGUUCAAAUACCUAUCAUACCUUUAUGUACAUUCAAUUUCCAUGCAAUAAAAUUUUCAAUUCCA